CUGCGAUUGCGAUAAAAAAAUUAAAGUGAAAUCAACCAUUUUUGGGCAACAAACCACAACAGAUUUAUAGGAUCGGUUCAAGGUCCUGAGAUUACUGGCCUAUGCAGUGAACUCAGUCACCAUGGACGACCUUUUUGACGUCUUCAACGAUGCGCCUCAGCGUGCGCCCGCGACUACAGCGCCCAAGAGAGACAAAUCGAAGAAGAAGGACCGGAGCAAGAAGCGGAAUGCCAGUGGUGCAGUGAAGCAGGUUGAGGAGGAGGAGCAGAAUGGUGAAGAGGCAGCAGAGGAGGCUGUAGCAGAGGCUGAGCCAGAGGAAUCAGAAGAGGCGGACGAGGCCGUCAAGGAGAAGGAAGCCAAGCGAAGGCGCAAGGACGAGGAAGCCGCGCCGGUUGUGACGGACACGUUCGAGACUGCUCAAUCGAGAGAAGUUGCUGCCUCUGCAGGUCUCCAGGCCAGCAAGGAGGAUGGCGCUCUCGUUUUACAGCACAACAUCCAGCAUCAAGUCUCGCUGCCGCCGGACUACGACUACAUUCCCAUCUCCCAACAUGUACCGCCCGCGAAGCCCGCGAGGGUAUGGCCUUUCGAGCUGGAUCCUUUCCAGAAGGUUGCGAUUGCCUCUAUACAGCGUGGAGAGUCUGUGCUGGUGUCGGCGCACACGAGUGCCGGAAAGACGGUCACGGCCGAGUACGCCAUCGCGCAGAGUCUGCAGAACAACCAGCGAGUCAUCUACACAAGUCCGAUCAAGGCAUUGAGCAACCAGAAAUACAGAGAGUUUGCCGCCGAGUUUGGGGAUGUCGGGCUCAUGACUGGAGAUGUCACAAUCAACCCAACUGCGACCUGUCUGGUCAUGACUACGGAGAUUCUGAGGUCCAUGUUGUAUCGUGGUUCGGAGAUCAUGCGCGAAGUCGGCUGGGUCGUUUUCGACGAAAUCCAUUACAUGAGAGACAAGGCGCGAGGUGUUGUCUGGGAAGAGACCAUCAUCCUUCUCCCAGACAAGGUCCGCUACGUCUUCCUGUCCGCCACCAUCCCCAACUCGAUGCAGUUUGCGGAAUGGAUCACGAAAACACAUAACCAGCCGUGUCACAUUGUGUACACCGAUUUCCGCCCAACCCCUCUUCAGCAUUACUUCUUCCCCGCUGGCGCAGAUGGUAUCCAUUUGAUUGUUGACGAGAAGGGUAACUUCAGGCAAGACAACUUUGACAAGGCCAUGUCGACGAUAGAAGACAAGAAGGGCUCAGACCCGGCUGACAUCAACGCGAAGCAGAAGGGAAGAGGAAAGGACAAGAAGACCAACAAGGGUGGCAAUAAGGAGACGACCGAUAUCUAUAAGAUUGUGCGGAUGAUCAUGGUCAAGCAUUACAACCCUGUUAUUGUCUUCAGUUUCAGCAAGAGAGAGUGCGAGGCAUACGCACUUCAGAUGAGCUCGAUGGCGUUCAACGACGACUCGGAGAAGGCAAUGGUCAGCAAAGUGUUCGACAGCGCUAUUGAAAUGCUGUCGGAUGAGGACAAGCAGCUUCCGCAAAUCCAGCAUAUCCUGCCUCUGCUUCGCCGCGGUAUCGGAGUUCAUCACUCUGGGCUUCUUCCCAUCUUGAAGGAGACCAUUGAGAUCUUGUUCCAGGAGAAUUUGAUCAAGGUUCUCUUUGCGACCGAGACCUUCUCCAUCGGACUCAACAUGCCCGCCAAGACUGUUGUUUUCACGAGCGUGCGGAAGUUUGACGGUGUCUCCCAGAGAUACCUGACGCCUUCAGAGUUUGUGCAGAUGUCUGGUCGUGCUGGACGUAGAGGAUUGGAUGAUCGUGGUAUUGUCAUUAUGAUGAUUGACGACAAGAUGGAGCCCGCCGUUGCGAAAGAAAUCGUACGGGGAGAACAAGACAAGCUCAAUUCGGCGUUCUACUUGGGAUACAAUAUGAUUCUCAACUUGAUGAGAGUCGAGGGUAUCUCACCGGAAUUUAUGUUGGAGCACUGCUUCUUCCAGUUCCAGAACACCUCUGGUGUCUCUGGCCUGGAGAGAGAUCUUCAGCAGCUCCAGACUGAGAGGGAUGGCAUGGAGAUUCCGGAUGAGGCGACUAUCAAGGAUUACUACGAUCUGAAACAACAGCUAGACACCUAUUCGAAGGACUUGAAGGCUGUUAUCAACCACCCGAAUUACUCUCUACCUUUCCUGCAGUCUGGUCGUUUAGUCCACAUCAAGCACAAGGGCGAAGACUUUGGGUGGGGAGCUGUUGUGAAGUUCACAGCCAGAAGGGCACCCAAGGGCCAAGUUGUGGAGGAGUAUGCCCCACAAGAGUCAUAUAUUGCCGAUGUUCUGUUGCCAGUUUCGGAAUCUUCGUCUGUCGGCACACAGACACACCAAGAGAUUCCUGCUGGAGUUCACCCACCUAACGAAGGCGAAACCGGAAAGAUGGAAAUCGUCCCGAUACUGCUGUCGUGCAUCGAGUCGAUUGGCCACGUCCGCAUCUUCCUGCCAAAAGACCUCAAGGCGGCAGACCAGCGCAACACCGUCCGCAAGUCGUUGGACGAGGUCAAGCGCCGCUUCCCAGACGGCAUUGCAGUUCUCGAUCCAAUCGAGAAUAUGGGCAUCAAGGACGAGUCGUUUAAGAAGCUCCUCCGCAAGAUCGAAGUCUUGGAGUCUCGUCUCCUCUCGAACCCUCUACACAACUCGCCUCGCCUCACCGAUCUCUUCGACAAAUACGCCGAGAAGAUCGAAUUUGGCAACAAGAUCAAGGAGAAGAAGAAGUCGAUAACCGCUGCACAUGCGAUUAUGCAACUGGAUGAACUCAAAUCCCGUAAGCGUGUUUUGCGUCGUCUCGGCUUCAUCAAUGACCAGGAAGUCGUCGAACUGAAGGCUCGUGUAGCUUGCGAGAUCUCUACUGGUGAUGGACACGAGCUGCUUUUGUCCGAGCUCCUGUUCAACCGUUUCUUCAACGAGUUGAGUCCUGAGCUUUGUGCUGCCGUGCUGAGUUGCUUCAUCUUUGAGGAGAAGAGCCAGUGCCCUCCGCUAAAGGAGGAACUUGCCAAACCGUUUAGAGAAAUCCAGGCACAGGCGAGGAUUAUCGCCAAGGUGAGCCAGGAGUCGAAGCUGGAGGUGAACGAGGAGGAGUACGUGCAAAGCUUCAAGUACCAGCUUAUGGAUGUUGUUUUGGCUUGGACGCAAGGGAAAUCCUUCGCGGAGAUCUGUAAAAUGACGGAUGUCUACGAAGGAUCUCUCAUCCGACUUUUCCGCCGCUUGGAAGAGCUACUGAGGCAGAUGGCGCAAGCUGGCAAGGUUAUGGGAUCAGAUGACCUGUCGGCCAAGUUUGAGGAGGCUUUGACAAAGAUUAAGCGCGACAUUGUCGCAGCACAGUCUCUGUACCUAUGAGCUUUCCGUUUGUAUACAAUAUGAUAGCGUGCAUGGGGAAGCGGAGCGGCGUUUCGGGUGGCAUCACUACAUAGUGGGAGGAUAAACUUUGUACAAGGUAAAGAAAGGACAUAAGCACGUCACAGGUGAGACUAUCAUAAUUCGGUUCUCAAUCAGAG